GACCCCUACACCCAGCCCGGCCAGACUCCACAAGCAGCAGCCGCCAUGGAAGUGAUGAACCUGAUCGAACAACCCAUCAAGGUGACUGAGUGGCAGCAGACGUACACCUAUGACGCUGGCAUCCACUCGGGUGCCAACACCUGUGUGCCCUCGGUCAGUAGCAAGGGCGUCAUGGAAGAGGAUGAGGCCUGUGGGCGCCAGUACACACUGAAGAAGACCACCACCUACACCCAGGUGCCCCAGAGCCAAGGUGACCUGGAGUACCAGAUGUCCACGACGGCCAGAGCCAAGCGGGUGCGGGAGGCCAUGUGUCCUGGUGUGACAGGGGAAGACAGCUCACUGCUGCUGGCCACCCAGGUGGAGGGCCAGAGCACCAACCUGCAGCGGCUGGCCGAGCCGUCCCAGCUGCUCAAGUCAGCCAUCGUGCAUCUCAUCAACUACCAGGAUGACGCCGAGCUGGCCACCCGGGCCCUGCCUGAACUCACCAAACUGCUCAACGAUGAGGACCCGGUGGUAGUGACCAAGGCAGCCAUGAUUGUGAACCAGCUGUCCAAGAAAGAGGCAUCGCGGUGGGCGCUGAUGGGCUCGCCCCAGCUGGUGGCGGCCGUGGUGUGCACCAUGCAGAACACCAGUGACCUGGACACGGCCCGCUGCACCACCAGCAUCCUGCACAACCUCUCCCACCACCGCGAGGGGCUGCUUGCCAUCUUCAAGUCAGGCAGCAUCCCUGCCCUGGUCCGCAUGCUCAGCUCCCCCGUGGAGUCGGUCCUGUUCUAUGCCAUCACCACGCUGCACAACAUGCUGCUCUACCAGGAGGGCGCCAAGAUGGUGGUGCGCCUGGCAGAUGGGCUGCAGAAGAUGGUGCCCCUGCUCAACAAGAACAACCCCAAGUUCCUGGCCAUCACCACUGACUGCCUGCAGCUCCUGGCUUAUGGCAGCCAGGAGAGCAAGCACAUCAUCCUGGCUAACGGAGGGCCCCAGGCCCUCGUGCAGAUCAUGCGUAACUACAGUUAUGAGAAGCUGCUCUGGACCACCAGCUGUGUGCUCAAAGGGCUGUCCGUGUGUCCCAGCAAUAAGCCUGCCAUUGUGGAGGCUGGUGGGAUGCAGGCCUUGGGCAAACACCUGACAAGCAACAGCCCCUGCCUCGUACAGAACUGCCUCUGGACCCUGCGCAACCUAUCGGACGUGGCCACCAAACAGGAGGGCCUGGAGAGUGUUCUGAAGAUUCUGGUGAACCAGCUGAGUGUGGACGACGUCAAUGUCCUCACCUGUGCCACGGGCACUCUGUCCAACCUGACAUGCAACAACAGCAAGAACAAGACGCUGGUGACCCAGAACAGCGGCGUGGAGGCUCUCAUCCACACCAUCCUGCGUGCCGGCGACAAGGAUGACAUCAUGGAGCCUGCUGUCUGUGCCCUGCGCCACCUGACCAGCCGCCACCCCGAGGCUGAGAUGGCCCAGAACUCCGUGCGCCUCAACUAUGGCAUUCCGGCCAUUGUCAAGCUGCUCAACCAGCCCAACCAGUGGCUGCUGGUCAAGGCAACCAUCGGCCUGGUCAGGAAUCUGGCCCUGUGCCCAGCAAACCAUGCCCCACUGCAGGAGGCGGCGGUUAUCCCCCGCCUUGUGCAGUUGCUGGUCAAGGCUCACCAGGAUGCCCAGCGCCAUGCGGCUGCAGGCACACAGCAGCCCUACACGGACAGUGUGAGGAUGGAGGAGAUUGUGGAGGGCUGCACCGGAGCCCUGCACAUCCUCGCCCGGGAUCCCAUGAACGGCAUGGAGAUCUUCCGACUCAACACCAUCCCCCUGUUUGUACAGCUCCUGUACUUGUCAGUGGAGAACAUCCAGCGUGUGGCCACCGGGGUUCUGUGUGAGCUGGCCCAGGAUAAGGAGGCCAAUGAUGCCAUUGAUGCUGAGGGUGCCUCGGCCCCACUCAUGGAGCUCCUGCACUCCCACAACGGGGGCACCGCCACCUACGCUGUUGCUGUCUUGUUCCGCAUCUCCGAGGACAAGAACCCAGAUUACCGUAAACGCGUGUCUGUGGAGCUCACCAACUCCCUCUUCAAGCAUGACCCCACUGCCUGGGAGGCUGCCCAGAGCAUGAUCCCCAUCAAUGAACCCUAUGCAGAUGACAUGGAUGCCACCUACCGCCCCAUGUACUCAAGCGAUGCGCCCCUGGACCCCCUGGACAUGCACAUGGACAUGGACGGGGACUAUCCCAUCGACACCUACAGCGAUGGCCUGAGGCCCCCCUACCCCACGGCGGACCACAUGCUGGCCUAGCCGGCUCCACUCCAGUGCGGUUCCUCAUCUGAGAGGCUCUCCGUGCAGGCGAUGGGGCGAGACAGAAAAGUACCUGAGCCCAGCGGAGCAAGGCUGCGACUUCUCGCCGAACCCCACGCCUCCAGAGGUCCUCUGUAGGGUCUUUCUUGGGAUGGUGAUCUGCUCCUGCUUUUCUGUCUUGGGCUGUGGGUCGAGGGCCCAACACCCCCUCCCCACCUCUGUGGCCCCGGCACUAAAGCU